AUCGAAAUCGCUUCAAGAGGCAAACUUUGACGUGCUUGAUAGUUCUUGAGACUUUUUAAAUGCGGAUUGAAGAUGUUGUUAUGAUAUGCAUGCAUAUCUGCGCGGUUAAGGAAAAUCAGUGUCGGUGGUGGUACGUUUGUGUUACGAAGAAUCACUUUCAUCUACCGCGUACGUAGAUUGAUUGUACCGGUUAGCAGGUACAACCUACGAUAUUACAAUAAUCAACAAUAGUAAAACUUCAGUGAAUUCUUGCCUGACGAUUUCUGAUUAUGGGGAGAUGCGACUGAUGAAAAAUCUGAUGAAGCGCUUAUGGGAUACAUAAUGGUCAAGACUACGGCCAACGAGCUGAAGAAAUGGGUUGAAUUAUCUGCGCUUAUCUCUGGUCACUAGUGAUUAUUGCUUGAUAAAUCACGAUUUUUUGUUGCCAUAACUGCUGUGGUACGAUAUAAGUUGGAAUGUGGAGAUGAUGAAGGAUUUCGAGCCAGCACAACUGCAAUCAAGCCAUAAUAAUUCAGCCAUUACCAAUAAUAUCAAAAUGCAGUCACAGCUUUCCAAUCUGACAUAUCGGAAAUCUAAGCCCAACGCGGCAGCGCUAUCGCUCACAGAACCCCAGUAUGACUUGAUGUUUGACGUGGUCCUGGAAGGGACACCCGUCUGUCAAAUACCAUUGCGCGCCACGAAAAACACCCGAUCUGAGGAGAUUUUGCGGCAUGUUUUGCAUCAGCUGAGCAGUGACGGCUACCAGCGCCGGCCACUGGAACAUUAUUCGCUGAGUGAGGUGGUCUAUGAUGAUUUGGGUCAAGUGUGUAAAGACCGACGGUUGACGUUGGACGAUCAUCCCGUGAAGAUACAGCUCCUGUGGCCCAAGGAGCAAGUGGCUUCGGAUAGCAAGGAUUUACCACGGGAAACCUACGCUUUCCGCAUUACCGAUGUGGCCACCGAUGAGUCGGAUCAAGGGCCGCAUUCCACGUGGAUUGAAUGUGAUUUGGCCAGCUAUUUCGCAUCGGAUUCCUUUUUACACAAGUUUUUUAGCGAUGAUAAUACGGUGGCUGAUUUGUGCCAGCUACCGGAGCUUACCGAGACAUCGAUUCUGGAUAAUUUGCGGGAGCGGUUUGAAGAAGGGAGGAUUUAUACUGCCGCUGGACCGUCCAUCCUGGUGUCAAUCAAUCCUUAUAAAUUUUAUCCUCUGUACAAUCCCAAAGUAGUGUCGCUAUACCAAAGUGAUAUUCAUCCCUCUUUAAAACUGCCGCCGCACAUUUUUGCCAUCGCUGAUACGGCAUACAGCACCAUGUUGAGACAUCGAAGAGAUCAGUGUGUUGUGAUUUCGGGGGAAUCCGGAAGUGGCAAAACGGAAUGUACUCAUUUUAUCCUCCAUCAUCUCACCGCAUUAAGUCAUAAAGGUCAGCAGGGUGGUCGGAUUGAGCAGAGCAUUUUAAGUGCUGCUCCAGUACUGGAAGCGUUUGGAAACGCGAAAACAUCCCAUAACAAUAAUUCGAGUCGAUUUGGGAAAUACAUCCAAGUUCAUUAUAAACCUGAUGGAAAAGUCGCAAGAGCCAACGUUCAGCAGUACCUUUUGGAAAAAUCGCGGAUUGUCAGUCAAGCCCGAAACGAAAGGAAUUAUCAUGUGUUCUACUAUAUGCUGGCCGGAAGUGAUGCCGAAGAGAAGAGUAAAUUGCGGCUGGAUAGUAUUGAAUCGUAUGAUUAUCUCAACCAAAGUGAUUAUGCCGAUAUGAGUGGAUUUGACUGUACGUUCGAAUUUGAUCGACUGAAGCAAGCCAUGGAAAUGGUCGGAUUUACACGCGAACUCCAGACGAGGAUUUUUUCCGUGCUUUCGGCAGUAUUACAUAUCGGCAAUAUCCAAUACGUCAAGAAAGCCAGUUCCUAUCAUCAUGAUGAGUCUGUGAUCAUUCAGAAUCGGGAAGUUCUGGCUACUGUUGCCACACUCCUCCAGGUCAACGAGGAACUUCUUCAUUCGGCCUUGAUAUCGAAAUGUGCUAUCGCUUAUAAUGAGGCGCUGAUAAUGAAUUACAAGUUACCCGAGGCGAUAAAUGCCCGUGAUGCUUUAGCCAAAUUGUUGUAUUGCUCAAUGUUCGAUUGGAUUGUUAAUCAAACUAACCGUCUGCUAAACCCCAAAUCUUCCAAAGAGAAGGUGAGAACUAAACAGUUUUCGGCUAAAACGAACAACAAUUUCGCAUUGGAAUAUUUUUUGUUGCAGGAAGUAUCAAUUGGUGUUUUGGAUAUUUUUGGGUUCGAAAAUUUUGAACGCAAUAGCUUCGAACAGUUCUGCAUUAACUAUGCCAACGAGCACCUGCAGAGUUACUUCAACCUGCAUGUGUUCAAAUACGAACAGGACGAGUAUAUGAAUGAAGGCAUCGACUGGUCACCCAUUGCCUACACGGACAAUAGUCCUUGUUUGGAUCUCAUUCAGCAAAAACCAUACGGCUUGUUGCCGUUACUGAACGAAGAGUGCAGCUUCCCUGGUGCGACAAAUGAAACACUUUUGGAGAAGUACCGGCGUCAUCAGGUGACCAAUGAACAUUUUGGAUCACCACAGAAGAGAGAAAAUGCUUUUAUCGUGCAUCAUUACGCGGGAACAGUCAAGUAUGAUGUAAAGAAUUUUCGCGAGAAAAAUAGCGACGUUAAUCGUGCUACGGAUUUGGUAACGCUGUUGAAAACCAGCACGUUGGGAUUACUUCGGGAAAUGGUGGCCGAAAGUCCAACUGCCAUGGCCCGGUGGCGCAUGCUGAAGCUGACAGUUUUUACUGUGUUAACUUUCUCGCGACGCACCCGCAGGAAACAGUCGUUCAGCGUGGAGAGUUCCAGUCCACCAAAAGGCGCUUUCAUGCAGGAAAGAGGAUCUCUAACUGGAGGAUUGUAUACGCGAGGAAUACCGGUGGGUGGAAAGAGAAAUUUCAGUCCUCAAGCGGCUUCUCGUCAGCAUCGGACGAUGGAUUUGGCCUCGCAUGCCCCGAGCGUGAAACCACGUCGCGGAGUAUCCAACCAGACAGUGACUAGCCAGUUCCAGCAGUCGCUGACUAAGUUAAUGGAGGCACUGAAUAAGGCGGAUCCGUAUUUUAUUCGCUGUAUCAAAGCCAACAACUCUAAGACACCGGGGUUAUUUGACGAGGAGACAGUUUUGCGACAGCUGCAUUAUUCCGGAAUGCUUGAGACGGUCAGGAUUCGUCGGUCGGGAUAUCAUAUUCGUUUACCUUUUAAGGACUUCGUCAACAGCUAUCACGCGCUCUUUCCCAAAGGUUCCGAUACCUCUUCCAGUGACAUUCGUCUGUGUUUGUUACGCUGGGGGUUGGAUCCAAACAACUUUCAGAUCGGCCACCAGAAGAUCUACUUACGAGAAGCGGAAAAGCAGCGGCUGGACGACAUCUUGCAUCGCUUGAUACUUCGGAACAUUGUGAAAAUCCAACGAUGGUGGCGGGUGUCGCACUUGCAAUUGCGCGAAAGAGCAAGAAGGCCUUCCAGUCGCAUGAUUGAUCGGAAAUUGAGCACUGUAGAAGCCGAGGAAGGCGUCGAAGAGGAGGAAGACGAAGAGCCGGUGCCGUUGAGCAGUAGCCCGGCUAGCCAUGCCACGAAUGGUCAUGUAACGCCCUUUAGUUCCUUCUCCUCUGACUGGAAUUCUCACCACAGCGACGAAGGAGUGCAGCUGCUCAAAACUACCAGCAGCGAGGAUCUGCCCCAACUUCCUGGUCGCCUGAUCAUUGCUGUACAGCCGCAAAAGGUCACGCGACGACGGGUAUCCGAUUCCGAGCCUCCUGAACGACUCCUCAGGCGGGAUUCUGAGGAAGAAAGCAGUGGAAUUCUCGACGAUUCGGAGCCCGAAACGACUCCCACCCUCCAGACGCAGGCACCACCGGAGAAAGUAAAACCAGCCUUUCCUACGCCACCACCGCGAGCCGAACCUAAAUGGCGGCGAUACUCAGCGAUUGAGCAGCAUCAUAUCUUACAACCGAUACCACAGCCUUCUCCUGCUAAGGAAAAAGAGCCGGAAGAACGUGCGAUCGAUGUAUAUAAUGAAAAGGCAGUGGAUGUGGAUCAGUUGGAAGAUACAGCUGUGAAACCAUCUAGGCCGAGUCCGCCCAAGCAGUUAAUAAUCCCGAGAACCAGUCGGAGAGAUACCAUCCCCAAGCGGGAUCAUUUCGACGCGGAAGCGGCAGCUGCACAUAUAGCAGCGGAGCAUACCAAAAGCGGAAAGAUGGGAUCGUUUUUCAAAAACUGGCUCGAUAAGAAGAAAUCUAUCCCGAAAAAGAAGAGCCUCGGGGAAAACGAACCACCUAGUCCGGCUGAUGAAACGCCUCAGAUUUCUCCGGAAGUAAGCGAAGUAGAGAAACCCGCAAUUCUGCGUAGUGGCGCGGGUAGGGUCCCGUUGAAACACCACCAGGGCGUGCCGAUUCCCAAGCACAGUCCGCCUCCGGUCAAGUCAACCAAAGCUCUGAAAGCACAGGCGAAGCGUGCUCAAUCGGCCCACGCCAAGGCACCGGUUGGAGAAUCAAUCCUGCAGCCGUUAACACGCACUUUCUCCAAAAAUCGCCUGCAGCGACGCCAAGCGCAGGAGGAUUCUGAAAUGCUGAAAGAAAAAGAACCGGUAUGGAAUAUCCGUAGUAUUACGCAGUUCACGGAUAGUGAAGAUCGGGUGGUAUCUUCUGCGGAAGAACUAAGGGAGUUGGAAAACUUCAUUUUUGAGAAGAUCACUCAGAUGGAUUAUGUGCGGAAGGGUCAGAAUUGGACCAAAGCAGAUAAGAUUUUCCAGCAGGGAAUGAGGACCUUCCGAAUCAAUCUGAUCAGCACCUACUCAGUGGCGGUAAAGGAUGCACGUUUGUGUAUUCGGUAUCGGGAUUUGAUUGUUAAUUUUGAGAAGACCAUUCGUGUGGAAUGCUAUAAAAUCGUGCAUUCUCAAUCGCCUCCCUUCACGACAGCGGCGCUGGCCCAGUAUAAAAGCGAUGAUGAUGGAUUUCCUGUGAAUAUGGCCAUCAACGCUUUCCGAUCCUUCAUGAAUGAAUUCAUGCAGAAGCAACAGCUGAAACAAAAGCAGGAAGAAACCAAAAUGCAUCGUAGCUCCAGCAAAAAGCGUAAACAAGAGCCAGCAAUGAUCCACCGGCAAGGUCAUCAGCUGGGCGCGGUUAAUAUAUUUAAUCUUCCAACAGCAUGCGAAGUUUGCACAUCUUUCCUCUGGCCGAUGGAGAAGAGCCUUGUCUGCCAGCUGUGCAAAACGACAUGUCACAAAAAAUGUUACCAGAAGAUCGAAACUCCCUGUACCGGUAAACGGAAGAUAAAAAAAUCCGCUACGAUGUCACCUAGCACCGCGGCUCCUGCGUUGGCCAAUAAUCAGCCAUCUGGCAAAAUAUUCAAAGUCCCGCUGGAUUGCUUGUUAUUGAGCGGGGAGAAGAUUCCGGCCAUAGCGGAUCGUCUGAUAACGGUCGUAGAAAUGCAGGGAAUCUACACCGAAUGGAUUUAUCGCAAGUCCGGAGCGGCGCACGGAAUGCGGUCUUUGCGAGCGGCCAUCGAAGACAAUCCCGAUAAGAUUGACUGGGACCAGUAUCAUGAUGCCGGCAUCCAUAUUGUGGCCUCGACGUUCAAGGCGUUGUUGCGGGAAAUGCCAGAACCCUUGAUGACGUUUGAGCGUUACGAUGAACUUAUGGACAUUAUGGCUCGCGAUGACCGCAAAGAAAAGCUGGAGAAUGUUUAUUGCGCUAUCCGAAAGAUGCAGAAACCGAACCAUGACCUGUUGGAAAGGCUGUUUUUCCACCUUGCAAGAGUGGCCCAGCAAAGUUCCAUGAACCAAAUGACGCCGGAAAAUUUGGCCAUUGUCUUCGCCCCGUGCUUGUUUAGGUCAGAACGUGAUCUCAAAGCAUUUGAAGUGUCUGAUGACUACAAAAAGCAGAUCGAGUGUAUUCAGAUUGUAAUUGACGCACAAUUGGAAAAACUGCAAUUGACUUUGAACGACAUUGUGGAGAUUGACACACAGGCGGUCAGUGCCAACACGCGUCUGUCGGUCAUUCGGUCGUCCAAAGUGUUUGUGGCACCUACAAAUGUUCCUACGGGUCCGAAUAUCCCCGAAACCAUCCCCGACGUUGACGAAGAAGAGCGACGACUUUCCGAUGAAAUUCAGUCUCUGCGAAAAGAAAAGGAAAAGCGUGCGCUAGAUCUCGCGAGUCUGCGUUUGUCACGCCAAGCGAGCCUGGAGGGCAGCAGUCACUCGAGUGAAGAGGACUUGAGUGGUCGUUCGGAUAUUUGGCAGCCGCAGCCGAGGAAGCCGUCAGCCAUCCCGUCGCGCCCACACCGACGUGAUCAGACCAAUGCGCCAAAGCAAGGGAAUAAAGAUAUUUUUAUGCUCUAGUCUGCCUGUGAUUUGUACAUGUUUUUUGGUGGAUUACUGUUUUUGAUUUUUGGGGAUGGUACCGCCUGCGCGAUGCGAUCGGCUACGUGAUAAGGAUGGCUGUCGAUUGUAGCUCUGUAAUUUUUUUCAAGUUUUUCUGUUUGCAAUUGGAAAGGGGAAACGGCAGCUGCGCCUGCCUGCCCUCCGUUGUUAUGCCUUAGGUUUUUACCGUGCUAGGUGAAUUUUGAUUUUUAUUAUUAAUCUGUUAUCGCUGCUUUGCAGUGCUUUUUUGUUGUUUAUAGGAUUCUGUUUUAUUUUUGUCUGUGGGAAGUGAGCGUACAAGAAUACGCAAAAUAAAGUCCUACCCA